ACGGACGGACGGACGGACGGACGGACGGACAUUGACAGUCUUGGAAUGUUGGAGGGAAACUGGGGCUAGGGUUAUGUUACACAUCGAGUCUGUGGGAUCCCUGUGGUGUAGCCUCCAAUUCAAAAUGGUGGACGGCACGUCAGAACAGUAACUUUUUUGUUUUUUUUCCCUUUCUUGUUUCUUCCGCAUUCUCAUCAUGUCUCUCCUUGAAAUCCUGGUAUUUGGUUUUGUCUCUGUUCUUUGUAUUGUUUUAAUAGCUUUUUUGGCCUUUACUACCUAUUUAUUGCACAUUCGUCGUAAGUAURGCCAUAUUCCUGGCCCAAAGUUGGACAACUUUUAUCUUGGAAAUGUACCACACAUAAGAAGAGAACGACGUAAAGGGAAGGCUUUUUAUGAAAUUGUUAAAGACUGGUCCCAUGCUCAUGGUUCUGUCUUCGUUAUCUGGGCUUUCCACCUUCCUUUCAUGACAGCGGUUGAUCCAGAAGUCGCUAAAAAAGCUCUCAUAACUCUCAAUUUACCCAAAUCUCAAAACGCGUACAAGAACCUUCACAAUGUGUUCGGAGAGAGAGCAGCUGGUCGAGGGAUCCUCACCGAAUGUGACCAUGAGAUCUGGCAGCGCAAAAGAAUGAAGCUGAACCCAGCAUUUCAUCGCAAAUACCUGAUGAAUUUGAUGCCUGCCUUUAAUUCUGUGUGUGAUCAAUUCAUCGAAAGAAUAGGGAAGUUUGCAGAUGAUGAUUGUGAGGUGGACCUUGCUGAGGAGUUUUCAAGAGUAACUUUAGAUGUGAUUGGCAAGGUAGCAUUUAAUAUUGAUUUAAAUGCAGUCCAAGAUAAAAACUGUCCAUUUCUACUGGCCAACUAUUUGGUGCUCAAAGGUAUGCAAGAGUCUUUUAAGGACAGAUUCUGGAGAUUCAACAUAUUCAUGUAUCCCUUCCAAUGGAAGGCCAUCAAGGCUGCAAGGUUCCUCAGAGAUUACAGCAGAAAGGUUAUUGAACAAAGGAUCAAAGACAUCCAGGAGGGGAAGAAUACACCAAAUGAUAUUUUGCAACACAUAGUAUUGAUGAUCAAAAGUAAUGCUGGUGUUACAAUGGAAGAACUGAUCGAUGAUUUUAUCACCUUUUUUAUCGCAGGUCAAGAAACUACAUCAAACCAGUUAGCUUUCACUGUUUAUGAAGUGGGAAAGAAAAAAGAAAUUGAAAAAAGGAUUGUUGAUGAAGUUCAUCAAGUGCUAGGUAAACAACAUUUUGUGGACUAUGAAGAUUUGGGGAAACUCCAAUAUAUCGGACAAACACUCAAAGAAAGCCUGCGCCUCCACCCACCUAUCCCUGGACUGUCACGCUUUACGCACAACGACAUAGAACUAGGUGGAUACAAGAUUCCUGCAGGGACAGGAGUGGUCAUAAGUGAAUACAUCAUCCAAAGAUCUGGCGAUGUCUGGGAAAAUCCAGAUCACUUUGAUCCUGAUCGGUUUUCACCAUCCGAGACUAACAUUCCUGGUGAAACUUACUUUCCUUUCUCUAUCGGUCCAAGGACCUGUAUUGGUAAAACACUGGCACAGUUUGAAUCUAAGGUCAUCAUGGCCAGACUUUACCAAAAGUUUGAGGUGAUGCUGUCUUCACCUGAUCGAAAAAUGGAGUAUGAAGAAACAUUAACUAUGAGGCCAAAGAAUGGGGUGUGGUGCAAAGUUAAGAGAAGGAAGGAAGAAAAUAUCAACGUUUUACUUUAAUUUUCUUAAACAUGCAAACUGUGUCACCAAGUUGCAUGCUGAAAUUUGUUUUCUCGCUGCCAUUAAUCAAACCUAAUCAGUUGGUACCUUUCAUAUUUUUGAUUGGCAGCAGCGAAAAACAAAAUUUCAGCAUGCAUCUCAGAGACACAGUUCGCAUGUUUAUGAAAAUUGCAGUAAUCAAAGUAAUUUUAUUUGCUAAUUUCAAUGUCUUGCACAAUAUUUAUUUUAAAAUCUAUAAUAUAAUCUUAAUUUAUCAUAAUUUCUAACUUUUGCAUAUACAAUCAAGUCUUGUGGCAUGAAAACCGAUUGCCAUAAUUUCACACUAUUUAGCUAUUAAGUACAUACUGUAUUCAUAUCUCUAAAAGAGUGCAUGGCAGACUGGUGGUGACAAGAAUGAAAAUGAGGCUAGUUGACCUAAAGUAUGAAAGAUUAGGAAUGUGUUUUCCAGAGAGAAUUUUCUAGUCAAUGUUUGCAUCUUUUUGCUUUGAAUUAGAUUUAUAAAGAUUAAAAUGAAAGAAUAAGCUAUGUAUUUAGGUUUUGCAGCAACAGUACCAGCUGAGCAGUGAAUUUGUUUCAGCCAAUCACAAUGUUUUUAGCUGUUUUGUGGCCAACUCUCAUUCCCAUUACUGUAACCCAACUUUUGCAUACUGCUUGUUUUCUUUUGACUAGUUCCUGGCUUCUUUUAAGCUCCAAAAAUGCUUAGCAAUGGUUAUUUUGUCCACUCCUGUGCACGCCACAUUCACUGGUCAGCCAGUAAGUAUUCUACUUCCAGAGAUAUGAAAUUAUGUAGUGUUGUUUAUCAGUUUCAAGAGUGCAUGACCCUUUCAAAUAUGAAAGACAUCUUGCAAAUACUAUUGUUGACUUAAUGGUAGAUUUUAUAAAUAAAUAAUCUCAGGCAAAAUAGGCACAUGGAUUAUGCCCUUUUAGUAUAAAUACACAGGGGAUUAUUGAAAAUCUCACGUGCUGAUUUUGGUCAAGAAACUUACACUAUCACACGAUAAUCACCUCCAGCGAUAAUCCAAAAUGAAGUUCAGCCGCUUUGUCGCUGUUACCGGGAAAAAAAUGUCUUUUGUCUUCUUUUUUUUGAAAGAAUCACCUGUGUAUUUAUACUAAAACAAUUAUUUGCCUUGGCUCAGUGAAUAUCGGAGAAUAUUUACCUUGCUGCUUGAAGACUCACUGAUAUUCACUUCGCCUUCUGCGAAUAAUUUGUUAAUCAAAGCAACACUUUGGUAAUAGUGAAGCAUUAGAAGGGUAUGAAAAUAACAAUUGAAUAAUUAAAUACAUCCUAGUGAAUAUAAAUUCUARUAAAUAAAAUUUGAAAAAAUAAACCUUGUCAUUUGAGGAA